AUGUGCCACAUUUUCGGCACUCGGAAGACACGCAUGACUGCCUGCAUCGUAGAGGGAAAUGGAUUAAUUGAAUGCACGAACCGCACGAUGAAAGCGCUAUUGCAGGCUUUUCUAAUCAUAGAGACUCCUCGGGAGUGUGAUACAGCUCUGCCCAAAUGUUUACUAGCUUACCGAGCGUCCGUCCACUCUUCGACCGGUCAGAUACCACCUCUUAUAAUGACGAGCCAUGAACUGCGUCUGUCCUCAGCUACUCUGCUGUCGGCAUCACUUGAAUCUAAUCGCAUCGAUGCAUGUACUUCGGCUACAGUCGAGUCUCUUGCGAGCAAACCAGCUGCACAAGCUCACUUACAAAUUUCACAGCGCCAUCAGAAGGUUUACUUUGACCCAAAGGCCUUCGGAAGUCUGUUCAUGUUUGGUGAUACC